AUGUCUAAGACCAGUUUACGUUUAGGAUCCACUGCCCCAGAUUUUGAAGCUGAAACUUCAAACGGUAAGAUCAAGUUCCAUGAUUUCAUUGGUGAUUCAUGGGUUGUCUUAUUCUCUCACCCAGAUGACUUCACUCCAGUUUGUACCACCGAAUUAGGUGCCUUUGCCAAGUUGGAGCCUGAAUUCGCCAAGAGAGGUGUUAAGUUGAUCGGUUUAUCCGCCAACGGUACUGAAUCCCACAAGGCUUGGAUCAAGGAUAUCGAUGAAAUCACCGGCUCCAAGUUGACUUUCCCAAUCAUUGCUGACCCAAAGAGAGAAAUUGCUCACGCUUACGACAUGAUUGACUACCAAGAUGCCACCAACGUUGACGACAAGGGAGUUCAAUUCACCAUCAGAUCUGUCUUUGUUAUCGACCCAAAGAAGAAGAUUAGAUUAACUUUAGCUUACCCUGCUUCUACUGGUAGAAACACUGCUGAAGUGUUGAGAGUUGUUGACUCUUUACAAACCGGUGACAAGUACAGAGUUACCACCCCAAUUAACUGGGUUCCAGGUGAUGAUGUUAUUGUUCAUCCAACUGUUUCUAACGAAGAAGCAAAGACCUUAUUCCCAAAGUUCAGAAUUAUCAAGCCAUACUUGCGUUUAACUCCAUUAGAUUUGGGUGAAACCAAAUAA